CGGGAUGUCUCUGGCUGAUGAGCUCUUGGCCGACCUCGAGGAGGCUGCCGAAGAGGAGGAAGGAGGAAGCUAUGGGGAGGAAGAAGAGGAGCCCACGAUUGAGGAUGUUCAGGAGGAAACACAGCUGGAUCUUUCUGGGGAUUCGGUCAAGAGCAUCGCUAAGCUAUGGGACAGCAAGAUGUUUGCUGAGAUCAUGAUGAAGAUCGAGGAGUACAUCAGCAAGCAAGCCAAAGCUUCAGAAGUGAUGGGCCCAGUGGAGGCCGCCCCAGAGUACCGGGUCAUCGUGGACGCCAACAACUUGACCGUGGAGAUCGAGAACGAGCUGAACAUCAUCCAUAAGUUCAUCCGGGACAAAUACUCCAAGCGCUUCCCAGAACUGGAGUCCCUGGUGCCCAAUGCGCUGGACUACAUCCGCACGGUCAAGGAGCUGGGUAACAGCCUGGACAAGUGCAAGAACAAUGAGAACCUACAGCAGAUCCUGACCAACGCCACCAUCAUGGUCGUCAGCGUGACCGCCUCCACCACGCAGGGGCAGCAGCUGUCGGAGGAGGAGCUGGAGCGGCUGGAGGAAGCCUGCGACAUGGCCCUGGAGCUGAACGCAUCCAAGCACCGCAUCUACGAGUAUGUGGAAUCCCGCAUGUCCUUCAUCGCCCCCAACCUCUCCAUCAUCAUCGGAGCGUCCACUGCGGCCAAGAUCAUGGGUGUAGCCGGAGGCCUGACCAACCUCUCCAAGAUGCCCGCCUGCAACAUCAUGCUGCUUGGAGCUCAGCGCAAGACGCUCUCUGGCUUCUCGUCCACUUCUGUGCUGCCUCACACCGGCUACAUCUACCACAGCGACAUCGUGCAGUCCCUGCCCCCGGACCUCCGGCGGAAAGCAGCGCGGCUGGUAGCCGCCAAGUGCACCCUGGCAGCGCGCGUGGACAGCUUUCAUGAGAGCACCGAGGGGAAGGUGGGCUACGAGCUGAAAGACGAGAUCGAGCGCAAGUUCGACAAGUGGCAGGAACCGCCGCCCGUGAAGCAGGUGAAGCCGCUGCCGGCGCCCCUGGAUGGCCAGCGGAAGAAGCGCGGGGGCCGCAGGUACCGCAAGAUGAAGGAACGGCUUGGGCUGACCGAGAUUCGCAAGCAGGCCAACAGAAUGAGCUUCGGAGAGAUUGAGGAGGAUGCCUACCAAGAGGACCUGGGCUUCAGCCUGGGCCACCUGGGCAAGUCGGGCAGUGGGCGUGUGCGGCAGACGCAGGUGAACGAGGCCACCAAAGCCAGAAUCUCCAAGACACUGCAGCGGACCCUGCAGAAGCAGAGCGUGGUGUACGGAGGCAAGUCCACCAUCCGGGACCGCUCCUCAGGGACCGCCUCCAGCGUGGCCUUCACACCGCUCCAGGGUCUGGAGAUCGUGAACCCACAGGCAGCAGAGAAGAAGGUGGCCGAGGCCAACCAGAAGUACUUCUCCAGCAUGGCCGAGUUCCUUAAGGUCAAGGGUGAGAAGAGCGGCAUCUUGUCCACCUGA